AUGAUUCGUAUCCAAGGCUGCUACAUGUACAUGAUCAACAGUUGUGGUUCAGUGGGUGCCUUUCUUGGGUUCAAGACGCUCACCAUUUACGUGCCAGAGUGUGUUCACGAUAGACACCCACUCCAUGCCUUCCUGAAAGUCUCACGCUGGUUUUACCCUCUGGCCAGAUCUUUUUCACCCAUCUACUGUUGGGGUCCUGAUAAGAUGAUCCUCCCAGAGCCUUUUUCGCGAGUCGACAAACCGGCAUACAUCAUUAUUAGACUGCCUUACGCCUGUUCAGAUUUCCAGAAGUCUACUCUGUGGAACCUACUUGACAUGCAUGGCCACGUUCGAGGCAAAUUUUGUUCUAUAUCCAAAAAAGAAAGAGAAGCCAUUGAAAAGCGGUAUUUCCUUACAGAAAUGGUUCCCCUUGACGACGACGCCCUUUCUAAGGCUCCGCACAUCAAAAACGCCCCCGACGUCAAGGUCCUUUCACCACUGAAGUUCCCCGCUCUCGGAUACAAGGGCAAACCAUUUAUUACCCUUCCAGCCAAAUUAUCUGUAGCUCUUCGUAUUCCCGAAAUGACCAAAUUGGCGAAGAGAUUUAACGUUCCGAAUGACCAGAAUAAGUGUCGGUGUCAGGUGGAUGUUGGAGCUAAAGCGACUCUUCCAUCAUACAUGAAGCAAGCGCCAAUCGAUCCUAGAGUAGUUAAAAUAAAAGAGGAAACACACGCUGGGGGAAUUCCUGACAAUUGGGUGUCUCUUCCCAAUAACUUCGGCAAUAUUCUGCGCCAAUACCUCAUCGGCCCAAGAGACUGGCAACACAUAAGAGUUACAACAAUACCCGCUCCCGUCGGUAUUCAUGACUUGAUCCACUUUGCUGUAAGGGACGUCUACAAGGAGUUGGUGAGACAGCGUUCAGAAAAAGAGCACCUUGGGAUUCCGCCAUCCUUCCAUAGGCAGGAUAGGAGGCUCUUGUGUGGGUAUAACAGGGCCGAGUCCUUAGGACUCUUUGGCAUAGAGCCGGAUCCACCCCUUCCUCGCAUUUACCGUGGAAUAAACCGGCUCCCACAAACCCUCGGUCUAGGACCGCCGUUUGACGAGGCCUUCAAGCGUCAGUACCUUGAAGGAGCGGCCGCAUUUUUCGACAUGAUGGUCGAGAGAUCCAAACUCCUUCUGCUCAGACUAGAACCUGAUGACGAGGAUGUGGAGAAGAUAGAUAAAUGCGAUUUGACCAGUACCUUGACCCCACGACCAAUCAUGGUCUGUUUUAAGAAAAACGAUGUCAAAUUCGGCACCCUCAUGACACUUCCCGCAGUUAAUGCCAACGAAAUCAUCUACUUCCACACCACAAACUACUUUGAGCGAGUGCUUGAGGAGUGCGAACACCACUAUCCAAAACUGCGACCUAUUAAUCCCUAUCUGGACCCGGCAUUCACGUACUCCCGUUACAUUCCAAGGUACAUCAUUCCGAAUGCAAAGGCACAAUGA